AUGGAUCAUCGAAAAAUGCGAGAAGAGUAUGAAGAAUAUUUAAACAAAAAAUACCAGAAGAAUUAUGACAUUCACCAAUCUCCCGGAUUUACUUAUAAACCAGCACUCUCUAAUUUUGGAUUAUAUCAGACACAGUCGUUGUCAAGUAUUAAUCCAUAUAAUUUGUCAGAUAACGAAAAGUUAACAAGAGAAAGAAUUAAAAAUGUUAUUUUUAUUAAUGGAGAAGGUUUUUAUUUUAGAGAAGGAAAAAUGUUUCGAGUUUAUCAUUGUGACUAUCCCGGAUGUUAUAAAAAAUACAUGAGUAAAUAUUCAUUAAAGUAUCAUCUUGACAAAGGACAUUCUCCUGAUAGCUUAGAUGCAAAUAAACCUUAUGCUUGUAAUUUUGGUGGAUGCACUAAAAGAUACAAAAAUAAGAGUACUUUAGUUAAACAUCUGGAAGAUUCUCAUUUUAUUAAAUCUAAAAAAAAUUAA